AGCUGAAAGAGCCGGUGCAGAACGUGCAUAUUUUUAUGUUAAAUAAUAAUUAAUAGUUGGAGGAUAUGUUGAAAUCGCGGAACUUUUGGUGUACCCAGAGACGAUGGAAAAGUGGGAAAACUCGUUGGUCAAUCCAACAAAGAAAAAGAACUAAUAUUGACAGAGCUUUGGAAAAUUUCGACGACUUCUAUGGUUCAGUUUUCGGAUUACGAUGGAAAAAUAUGCGAGUUGCCCUUUUGACUGAACACAAAUAUAUAGCUAUGGUUAAUAAUUUUGGUGAUACAGAGAAAACGUGUAGCCAACUGGAAAUGGAUGGGGCGAUUAAUAUAAAAUCAUUGGUGCAAUUAGCUAAAGAAAGAUUAGAAGGAGAGUCACUCUUAGAGAAUAAUCCGUCAAGUUAUAAAAUGGAGGAUAAAUUGGAAAUAAUUGCCCGUCGCCAAGAGGAACGCGAAAUUCGAUCUUUAUAUCCUGAAGGCACAACAGAACAAGAGAUACCGCAACACCUAGAGUAUAAAACAAGUGACGACACGGAAUUGAAGCGGCCACCUACCUCUGACUUAAAUGAAACACCUAAAAGUAGUAUGGGUCACGCUUUAGAAACUGAUGUAUGCCUAGAUGAACGACGUAUAAUAGACCCCGAAAUUGGUACCGGUGGUCUUUAUGAAUUUGUCCCCGCCACCAAAAUCAAAGGCAUGGAGGAUUGGAUACCGGAAUCGGACUACUAUCGAUAUUAUCAAACGACAACAGAUUUUCCUUUGAAAAUAGAACCAGAAUUAAACUUUUCGUACCCAGAAAACUUGGCCUUAUAUACAUACGAAAUGGGGAAUUGCUCUGAAUUUCGUGCACCACGCAAGUGUUUAACAGGCGUUCUAUCACACUACUUAAUGGAU